AGAAAUAAUAAACGUCAUUUCCGGUGCUUGAGACCCGCCUCUUGUAUUCAGACCGCCGAUUUUUGAAAAUAACGCCUAUUUCUGUAGAAAGAGGUGUCUGACGACGGAAUUAUUGAGCUUAUUAUCUGACAUCGUCUCAGAUUGACAUCAUGACGUCCAUUACUGAUCCAAACAUGAGUGCCAGGUUCAGCAGUGCAAUGGAUGAGAUCCACAACAAGCAGCUUAAAACAUACGGGGAGAUAAUGGACACAACCACAGAGUUGUGCCAGUCCCAUAAACAGUUUGUGAAGACUGCACUUGAUACAUGUCUAAAGAAAUGUAAGGACGAUGAGGUGCUGUUUGAGACAAUGCAGACAUUCAAAAGAGACUUGGAACAAAAAAAUGUGUCAUUGAAAGAGAAACGGCAUGCCAUCUCUGAUGUGAUAUCUGAGAUCCAGCAGAAGGAGAUGCAGAAAGAAGACAUUAUUCAGAAAAUAGAAAAACUUAAAGAGGAACAAGCCAAGAGAAAAGAGUUAAUCAUUUCUCAAAAUAAAGCAAACAAAGAGAGACUGAGGAAUCUCCAGAAAGCCAGACUAGUCUUUCAGGAUCAUUUGGGAAUGGAGAUACGAACAAUCCUCGGCAAAACACAGUUGAUUAAAGGUGAAAAGUUGCAGUUUGUUUUCCGGAAUAUCAACCCUUCAGAUCAGGACAGUGCCUACGUUGUCACAAUGGGGAUUAAACAAGAUGGAUCUUACCAGAUUGUGUCUAGUGAUCCCGUGCUUGACUGUUUGCCAGUCUUGGAAAGCCGGCUGCAGGAGACCAAUAACUUACCAGCAUUCCUGGCAAAUGUCAGGAAGGAGUUUAUCUCUCAGGCACGCUGUUAAGAUUAAAGGGAUGGAAGGACAACGAACCAUGCAGGAAAUUCUUGCUUGCAAUUUGGACUAAUGUAAGCAAGGAGGACCUCAUGUUGAAGAAUCACAUUUGUCUUAACCAACUAAAAUGUAAAGCAGCAAGGUUUUUAUCUUUGUCU